AUGCGCAGGUGGCCGGCUCAGCGCUCAGAUCAACGUCAAGAAGAGAUUUUUGAGUUGUCUGCGAAUGAGUUGACAACUGCUACAUUGACUUUAGAUCCCCCAAAUCACCACAACCAACACUUGAGUACACCCGACUGCCAGUCUACGGAGACAAUUAAACCUCAAACUCAGACUCCGACUGUAACACCAGCAGAAAAUACACUUCCGCAUCGUGGAUCCUCCGCCAUCAUGGCUUUGCUCACCCCCGGGCCAAUCGUCUCACACGUGCUCAUGGUCCUCGUGGCCAUGUUGAACAUCUGCAUUCUUUCUUAUGAUGCUGGGAUGAUCAACAACUUGAACUCGGUUAAGCCAUACCAAGACUACUUCAAGUUGAAUAGCGAUAUGAUUGGAUUGAAUGUUGCCAUCAUUAGUGCCGGUUCGAUCUUCGGUGCCCCGAUAGUGGGUCCCGUCGUUGAUCGUUGGGGACGGAAGACCGGCCUCGCCGUUGGCUCCAUCUGUAUCAUUCUCGGAGUUGUACUUCAAGCUUCGGCCUCGAAGGGUGAGAGCUCUUGCGGAAACGUUUUGCAAGUACGACUACUCACCAGAAACGCAGUUCCACAGCUCAUCGUCGGCCGCUUCAUUAUCGGAUUUGCCUCCCUCAUUAAUGGUUCCAUUGCUCCCAUGUGGGUUAUGGAGGUGGCGGCGCCCAAGUAUAGCUCAAUUCUUUCAAGCACCGUCUUGACAUCCGUACCUUUCACGUCGUUCUUGGUCAGUUGCAUUGUCCUGGGCAUCUACGACAAGCAGUCCGACUGGACAUGGAGGGGACUUAUGCUUGGAGAAGCAGUGCCUUCUAUCAUCUCCCUGUCUCUCUUACCAUUCGUCGACGAAAGCCCACGCUGGUUGUUUUCAAAGGGCCGCCAUGACGAGGCAAUAGGGGUGCUCGCUCGAUUACAUGCGAACGGAAACCGGGAAGAUGCUUUGGUGCUUUCGGAAACACAAGAAAUUGUCUCGGCUUUGAACCACGAGAAGGAGAGCAAUGGAGGAUGGAAAGAUCUCAUUGCGCCAUCCCCAAACCUGAAACGGUUCACAAUCGCUGUACUAACGAAUAUCUUCUAUCAAAUUCUGGGCGGAAAUAUGAUCUUAUACUUCUCGUCAUUCUUGAUUGGAAAACUAGGAGUUUCUGAGAGGAAGUCUGUAAUCCAGAUCAACAUCGGUUUGCUGCUGUGGAAGGCUUUUUGCAGCGUGGGCGGUGUCCUCAUCAUCGACAAGAUAGGAGCUCGCAAGCCAUUGAUUACCGGAACUUCCGCCACAGUUGUUCUGUUUGGAAUUCUGGCCGGCCUGUCUUACCUGACCGAGGUCCAUCCCGAGACAAAUGCGUAUGCCAUCGGUGCGAUUGUCGUUGUUGCCCUGUUCCUACUUGCAGUUGCGGCAAGCUGGAGCAUCUUGGCCUACACCUACCCUCCUGAGGUGCUGCGAUACUCUCAGCGCGCUAAAGGGGUCGUAGUUGCCCAAGCAAUCGGGUAUGCAUUCAGCUUCCUCAACCUUUACACCACUCCUCUUGCUAUCGAAAGAAUCUCUUGGAGAUACUAUGCCAUCAACGGUGGUUGGAAUCUUGGAAUACUAUUUGUCGUUACUUGGCUGUUUGUCGAAACCAAGGGCAGAACCUUGGAGGAGAUGGAUGAAAUCUUUGAUGGGGUUGUCUACUCGAACAAUGUCAUCAUUGAUGGCCAGAAUUCUAAGAGUGAUUUGGGGAAGGACGUCGGUGAUACUAGCAGUGUGGCCAAGAGGAAGCUUAGCAAGGUCAGCACCCGGGAGUAA